ACUUUUUCCCUUUUUAAUACUUGAAGUCCAUUUAUUUCGAGAUGAUCGGAUUUGGGGUUUCAGCAUCGAAACAUAGUGAAUUUUUCUGGUGAGCCUUUAGAUUGAUUGUUUCCAUCCAUCUCUCUCUUUCGGUUUCAAUCCAUUUCAAAUAAACCCAUUUCUCUCUCUCUCUCCUCAAGUCUAAGACAAAAUUUCUUACACCCAAUUGCGUAUUGAAUUUCCAUUUCCAUUUCAAAAGAGGCAGGAGGGUUGUGUUGUGGUGACCUUCUCCCAGUCCUCUACUUCAUUUCAAUUCUUCCUGUUCACAGGCAGGGGUAGAGAGUUAUAGAGCGAGAAAGAGAAUUUUAGAGAGAGAGAGAGUUGUUUGAAAUUUAGGCAAGGAUGAACGGGAAGGCGUCCGUCUCAAAGGAGCUUAAUGAAAAGCACAAAAGGAUAUUGGAAGGUCUUCUUAAAUUGCCAGAGAACAGAGAGUGUGCUGACUGUAAAAGCAAGGCUCCACGAUGGGCAAGUGUUAACCUUGGGAUCUUUAUUUGCAUGCAAUGCUCAGGAGUUCAUCGAGGUCUUGGUGUGCAUAUAUCCAAGGUCAGGUCUGCUACACUAGAUACAUGGCUCCCUGAGCAGGUUGCAUUCAUUCAGAGCAUGGGCAAUGAUAAGUCCAAUAGAUAUUGGGAAGCAGAAUUGCCACCAAAUUAUAAUCAAGUCGGCAUCGAAAAUUUCAUCCGUGCAAAGUACGUGGAUAAAAGGUGGGUGACAAGGAAAACACAAGAAGAAAGGAGUUCUCCCUUCAAGCAGAGACGUAGUGAAAGAGGCAGCAGCUAUGGGAGCAAUAACAGCUUAGAGAGCUUGUCGCUUGAAGGAGAAGUCCUUAACAAGAUCAACCUCAUGUCACAAGAAGAAAAAACUUCUCCCUUGAAGCAAAGGCGGAAUGAAAGAGGCAGCAACCAUGGGAGCAAUAACAGCUCAGGGAACUUAUCAAUGAAUGCAGAGGUCCUUAAUAAGAAAACCCAUAUGGAACAAGCUUCUGGAACUCCUAAAAAUCCUGAACUGCAGGUUUUAUCAGUUCCAAAGAAAGAGGAAACAGUCCCAAAUACCAACGGUCCACCACCAUCAGUGGAUCUCAAGUCAUCAAUUCCAAAGACAGAACGGACAAUCUCACAUUCGAAUGAUUCUAUGCCAUCAGUGGAUCUCAAAUCAUCAAUUCCAAAGACGGCAACAAUCUCAAAUUCCAAGGACACACCACAAGCAGUGGAUAACAUACCAAAAGCUCCUUCACAGAAGGUUGACUUAGCUACGGAACUUUUUAAUAUGCUCUGUAUGCAAGGCCCAGAAGAGAAAAUUGGCAGUUCAGUUCCUUCAGGGGAUAAUGCUCCUGCAAAUAUUCAGUCUGCAGAAAGUAUGGAGGCAGCCGAAAGAGAGGAUCCCGCAAAACCAGUCCAAACUAGGGACACUUCCGCAUCUGGACUAGGGAAUCUAUUCAAACAAACACCACAUGUAGCAAAGUCCAACAUGGCUUCUCCAUACUCCAUACAUCAACAACAAUUAGCUUCCCUUACCCAUCAACAACCCAUAUUUGUGGCUUCCGCCUCUACAUCAUCGAGUAUUCAGGGUUCAUCAUUGCCGUUGAAAACCCACAAUCUUGAUUCAAAUCGCUCUUCAAUAAACCCUGGCAAUAACUGGAGAAAUACAAGUUUUCAAGCUUCUGGUGUUGGAAUAGCAGCUACUCAGGGGACUGAUCAGGUAGCCAACAUGAGGCGAUCAUUUCCGUUGAACAAUGCGAGCCCAACAAUAUCCUCAAGCACUUACACUACAGCUAAAAUCUCAUCUGCUAAAACGAAUGGAGUGACCAUUUCCGGUGCUCCUCUGCAAAGCAAAACCAGUGCUUCAGCCACUUCCUCCUGGCUCCCCUAUGAGUAUGAUUUCUCAUCACUAACGCAAGGAUUCUUCUCGAAACCCUAGUCUCUCUCCCCCCUAAAGUAUUCAAUUGAGCAUUUGUUGUUGUUGGUGGCAGUGUUGCUCUCUCUCUCUCUCUCUCUCAAAUUAUUGAAUUUAGCCAUUGGUGUUGCUGUUGAUAGUCUUGUGAUUAUUUUAUAUUGUUUGUAAGCAGUUGGGGUUGCAUAUUAAUCAAUAAUAGAGUUGGUUCUACUUGUUGACC